UGUCAUGAUUAACUAAGAGCUGGAUUAAAGGUAAAUCACAAACAAUCAGCUUCCUAAAUUGUUGAUUUAACAUAACAAAUGAGUUAAUUACAAUUUGGGCAAUCAUUCAAUUAAACCUUUGAAUUUUAAACAGGUUAAUUGGUCAAAUUUAAAUUGCGAAAGAAUUAUGUUCUUAAUUGUUGAUUAACAUUUCAUUCUCAGCAUUUUAGUUAAUCAUUUUAAUCAACUGAAAACCUCGCAACUAACAAGUUAAUCAUUAACUGUUUCGUAGCAAAAUUAAUGUCCAUCGAAAUGUUAAUCCAAAGUGUUAAUUGUUAGAAAGUGAUUAGUUUCCCUCCAAGGAUUAGGAUUAACACUAAGUCAACAUAUUUAUUGCAAUUAUAAUUGUUACAAAUUUUUAAUCAACAUUCAACUUUAUUAACUAUUAAUUAUGAUUUCCAACAAUUUGAAUGAUAUUUUUUUCAUCUUAAUCACUUUUCCAGUAUUAGUCUUGGCCAAAGGUAAAUGUGAUUGUGGACUUGGAAGUGAAUCAGUUUCAACCAAAAUUUUCGGUGGGACUGUUGCUUACAACGAUGAAUACCCAUGGAUGGCACAUCUAAGAUUUUUUGAUAAAAAAGGUGGCACCCGAUACGGGAUGUGUGGUGGCUUCUUGAUCACCUCGAAGCAUGUGAUGACCGCAGCUCAUUGUAUCAUGGAGAGUCAAACGAAGGUGAGAUCCAUUGAGGCAACAGAGGUUUACCUUGGGGUCAACGAUUUAAGUAAACUGACCACAGUUCAUAGAGUGGACAAGUUUUAUUAUCCAUCAAAUUAUAAGCAAUACGAUUUGUCCAAUGAUAUCGCCAUUCUUGAACUGUCUCAACCAGUUAAUUUCACCAAAAAAAUUCGUCCGAUUUGUUUACCAAGAUCAGAUGACGAACCUUAUAAAAGGUUAAUUGUUGCUGGUUUCGGACGAUUAGGACCUAAUAAGGAUACGUCAGAGCUUCUGAUGCAUGUUAAUGUUGAAUACAUACCAAAUCCUCAGUGUAAUGAGAUGGUUAAAGAUUAUUUCAUGAGGAACAAUCCAGACAUUAAGAAAGAUCCUGAUCGAUAUGAUAUACCAAAAGUUCAUGAGACUCACAUGUGUUGUGUGGAUAAAAGCACCGGAGGUGAUGCAUGUAGAGGAGAUUCGGGUGGGGCUUUGAUGUACAAAAAGGAUGGACGAUAUUACGCCGUGGGCAUCGUCUCAGGUGCUUUCGAUGAAUGUGGGGACCCAAGAACUCCCGGAUUCUAUACAACUGUAAGGAAGUUCAGAGAAAUGGUUAAUAAAGCAACUAAAGAUGCUCAAUUCUGUGAUUAUUAAACUAAAUCAAUUAAUAUAAUAUUAUUAUUCAAAACGAAAAACUGUAAUAAAAAAAUCGUAUUCUUAUUAGC